GAUCUGAGGGAUUUGGCUUAUGACAUGGAGGACAUCUUGGACGAGUUUGCCUACGAAGCUUUAAGAAGAAAGGUGAUGGCGGAAGCUGAUGGUGAAGGCAGCACAACCAAGGUACGCAAGUUCAUCCCUACCUGUUGUACUAGUUUCACUCCAAUUGAGGCUAUGCGUAAUGUUAAGAUGGGGUCCAAGAUUAAGGAGAUGGCUACCCGAUUGGAAGCUAUUUAUGCCCAAAAGGCUGAGCUUGGUUUGGACAAGGUGGCUACUAUAACCCAGUCUACUUGGGAAAGGCCACUCACUACAUCUCUGGUAUACGAACCUUGGGUUUAUGGCAGGGAUGCUGAUAAAACGAUUAUAAUCGAUAUGCUGCUUAGGGAUGAGCCCAUUGAAACCAAUGUUUCUGUAGUUUCCAUCGUGGCCAUGGGUGGUAUGGGCAAGACCACACUAGCAAGGUUGGUGUACGAUCAUGCUGAGACAGCCAAGCAUUUCGAUCUAAAGGCCUGGGUUUGUGUAUCAGAUCAGUUUGAUGCAGUGAGAAUAACCAAGACAAUUCUCAACUCCGUCGCUUCUCAGAGCAGUAUCGAUUCACAAGACUUCAAUCAAAUUCAAGACAAAUUGAGGGAGGCAUUGAAGGGAAAAAAAUUCCUGCUGGUUCUAGAUGAUAUGUGGAAUGACAACUAUGGUGAUUGGUGUUGCUUGCAGUCUCCCUUUUUGUCGGGUUCAUGAGGCAGCAGAAUCAUAGUCACGACAAGGAGUAAGAA